AUGGAAAUCCUAAAUGAAGACUGUCUUGCUCUUAUUUUUCAUAAACUCGACUUCUUGAACAGAGUUCGACUUGAAACUGUUUGCUAUAAAUGGUUCCACGUUCUUCAGAUUGGCGCAGGCUAUUCUAACGUAACACAGGUGAAUAUGGCUGAUUUUUUGCCGACCAACUCAACCGACUAUUUUCAACAGGAAGUCAUAACAUUUGCACCAAUUAUAAUGGGUAUAGUGCAACGUUGUGGUUGCUAUAUCAAUACGAUAAGUCUUGGACAGAGAUGGUCAAAGAUUUCACAAAAUGUCAUUGAUACAGUAACAAAAUAUUGCAAUCAACUGACAACGCUUGACCUUGGUUGCAUUAUUCUUGAUGCGGAUAUUUCUGAGCUUCUUGAGCAAUCUAGCGCAAAUCUUGAAAUUUUAUCACUCGAAGAGACAAGCUGGGUACAAAAAGAAAAUGGUGAUAAGGUUCAAGAUUAUUUCCACAAAAUGAUUAGACUCAGGAAAUUGAAUAUUCGACGAGCGAUCUUCCAACUCGAUAAACUUCAUCACCUGCCACAAUGUUUAAGAUCGUUAGAAAUGAGUGGUGUAAGUAGCCUCACAGUGAAAUCAUUCGAACAAUUCUUAACAAGUCAUCUCAAUCUCGAGGAAUUAUUUAUAUGCCCAUUAUCCAUACCAGAAAAUCCUAUUGUAUCAAAAGUCGGGAGUCUGUCAAAACUACACAGUCUUCAAAUUGGUUUCAUACAUUCAAAUGAUCUUUCAAUGCAACCGCUCGCACUUUGUACGACUUUACAAAACCUUCACAUUCAGAAUUGCAAUUCGCUUACGACUGCAAGUUUAGCUCUAAUUCUUGAAUCCCUAAACAGUCUGCUCUCACUUACAAUAAUUAAUUGUCCGUGGGUUCUCGACUAUUCUAGUCUAGCAUCAGGUCGUACUAUUCAAAUUCUUCGAAUUGAACAUACACAUCGCAUUACUGAUGAUGAUAUAAUCUCAAUUGGUGUCCUCAAAAUUCUCAAGUGCUUAUAUAUUUCACACUGCUUCAAUAUAACAAGUAUUUCAAUUCUGUCUGUCCUACGUAACUGCGAACUAAUUGAUAUUGCUAUAAACGAUUGUGAAGGUAUUGGAGAUGAGAUUUUUUACUCGUUAGCUUCAGUUCAACAUAUGAUGAGAAGUAUAUCGGUACAGGGAUGCUUCAAUAUAACUAGCCAAGGUGUCGCUUUACUUGCACUUAUGAAAAAGUUGCUUGAGCUUCGUGAACUCGAUUUAAGUCACAACAGGAACAUUAAUGAUUUAGCUAUAUUGUCAAUAUACAAUGGAAUGCAAAUGCGAAAAUACGAAAAAACUUUGGAAAAAAAACGGGUCAACAAAUCAAAGAAAAAAAUAUCGAAAAAUUUGGAUGGGGAAAAUCUACCUAUGUUAACCAUCUAUGUCUUUAAAACAAGUUUAUCACCGAAUAUAGAAGAACGCGUUGCUGAUAUGAUAAUUCUUAUAGAUUGA